UCUUCCAACAUCAGAAACUUUACUUUUUGAUUUGUUCCACCCUUCUCCGGGCCUCUCUAUUGGGAGCCCUAAGGAAGGUGGAGCUCGUCUUGAGCUCUUUUUGAAAGUAAAAUUUUAUUAGGAAGAAGACGGAUUUUAUAGCAUUCAUAUAAUGUCGUCUGAUAAUCUUUUUGAAGACCUCAAGAAAGAGAAUGUUGAUCUCGAAAAUAUUCCUAUUGAGGAAGUUUUCAAGCAGCUAAAAUGUAGCAAAGAAGGUCUAACAUCAGCUGAGGGAGAGAGUAGGCUAGUGAUAUUUGGUCCUAAUAAAUUAGAAGAGAAAACAGAAAGCAAGUUCCUUAAGUUCUUGGGUUUCAUGUGGAAUCCGUUAUCAUGGGUUAUGGAGGUUGCUGCUCUUAUGGCCAUUGGAUUGGCCAAUGGAGGGGGCAAGCCAGCGGAUUGGCAAGAUUUCGUUGGUAUUGUUGUGUUGCUUAUCAUCAACUCAACCAUUAGUUUCAUUGAAGAAAACAAUGCAGGUAACGCCGCAGCAGCUUUGAUGGCCGGUCUUGCACCUAAAACCAAGGUGUUGAGGGAUGGAAAAUGGACUGAGCAAGAGGCGGCGAUUUUGGUGCCAGGAGAUUUGGUGAGCAUCAAGUUGGGAGAUAUUGUUCCGGCUGAUGCUCGUCUCUUGGAAGGAGAUGCUCUUAAGAUUGACCAAUCUGCACUUACUGGUGAGUCACUUCCGGUUACCAAGAACCCUGGUGAUGAAGUCUUCUCUGGUUCAACCUGCAAACAAGGUGAGAUUGAGGCUAUUGUCAUUGCCACUGGUGUCCAUACUUUCUUCGGAAAGGCUGCUCACCUUGUGGAUAGCACCAACAAUGUUGGUCACUUCCAAAAGGUGUUGACAUCGAUCGGAAACUUCUGUAUCUGCUCCAUUGCAAUAGGAAUGUUGAUUGAGAUUAUUGUGAUGUACCCCAUUCAAGAAAGGCCAUAUAGAGAAGGUAUUGACAAUUUGUUGGUUCUUCUCAUCGGAGGUAUCCCAAUCGCCAUGCCAACGGUUUUGUCCGUGACAAUGGCUAUUGGCUCUCACCGUUUGUCUCAGCAAGGAGCUAUUACCAAGAGGAUGACAGCUAUUGAAGAAAUGGCUGGGAUGGAUGUUCUCUGCAGUGACAAGACCGGAACUCUCACACUUAACAAACUCUCUGUUGACAAAAACUUGAUUGAGGUGUUUGUUAAUGGCGUAGACAAGGACGGUCUUCUCUUGGCUGCUGCCAGGGCUUCUAGGGUUGAAAACCAAGAUGCCAUUGAUGCUUCAAUCGUUAAUAUGUUGGGUGAUCCCAAGGAGGCAAGAGCCGGAAUCACUGAGGUGCAUUUCUUGCCCUUCAAUCCAGUCGGUAAACGCACUGCUAUUACAUACGUUGAUGGCGAGGGAAAUUGGCAUAGAUGCAGCAAGGGUGCUCCUGAACAAAUUAUUGAGCUUUGUGAACUCAAGGGAGAGACUUUGAAAAAGGCCCACAAAAUCAUUGAUCAGUUUGCUGAACGAGGUCUGCGUUCAUUGGCUGUUUCUCGCCAGACUGUUUCAGAAAAGACCAAGGAGAGUGAAGGAGAUGCAUGGGAGUUUUUGGGUCUCAUGCCACUCUUUGACCCUCCUAGACACGACAGUGCCGAGACUAUUCGACGUGCUCUUGACCUCGGAGUUAAUGUUAAGAUGAUCACUGGUGACCAACUUGCCAUUGGAAAAGAAACCGGUCGCAGACUCGGAAUGGGAACCAACAUGUAUCCUUCAUCAUCCCUUCUUGGUGAUAACAAGGACCCCGCCAUUGCAUCAAUCCCAAUUGACGAUCUCAUUGAGAAGGCUGAUGGAUUUGCCGGAGUCUUCCCUGAACACAAGUACGAGAUUGUGAAGAGGCUGCAAGAUAGAAAACACAUCUGCGGUAUGACUGGUGAUGGUGUGAACGACGCACCCGCAUUGAAGAAAGCAGACAUCGGUAUCGCUGUUGCUGAUGCAACUGAUGCUGCAAGGAGUGCUUCCGACAUUGUUUUGACAGAGCCAGGACUAAGUGUGAUUGUGAGUGCUGUGUUAACUAGCAGAGCCAUCUUCCAAAGAAUGAAAAACUACACAAUCUACGCUGUUUCUAUCACCAUCCGUAUCGUGUUUGGAUUCAUGCUUGUUGCUUUGAUCUGGAAGUUUGAUUUCUCACCCUUCAUGGUCCUCAUCAUUGCCAUCUUGAAUGACGGAACCAUCAUGACCAUCUCUAAGGAUAGAGUGAAGCCAUCACCAGUGCCCGACUCAUGGAAACUCAAAGAAAUCUUUGCUACCGGAAUUGUUCUUGGAUCUUACAUGGCCAUCAUCACUGUUGUGUUCUUCUAUUUAGUUCAUGACACCGAUUUCUUUACCGUAAGUAAUUCUACCAGUUCCAAAUUCAAUAAUGUCGUUUUAGCAUAUAAAAAUUGUUUCAAUGUUUCAUCUCGUUUUUUGUUUCAGAGAGUUUUCGGUGUGAAGCCAAUCGGAGACAGUAACGGUCAUCUUAACUCAGCUCUCUACCUUCAAGUCAGUAUUAUCAGUCAAGCACUCAUCUUCGUGACAAGGUCAAGGAGUUGGUCUUACGUCGAACGCCCCGGCUUUUUGCUUCUCGCAGCCUUCUUUGCUGCACAACUGGUGGCCACUGUCAUUGCUGUCUAUGCACAUUGGGGAUUUGCAAGAAUCAAUGGCAUUGGUUGGGGAUGGGCAGGAGCUAUCUGGAUCUUCAGCAUUGUUACUUACAUUCCUCUCGACAUCCUUAAAUUCAUGAUCCGAUUAGGAUUGUCCGGAAGGGCAUGGGACAACAUGCUCGACAAUAAGACCGCAUUCACAACCAAGAAGGACUACGGAAAAGGCGAGAGGGAAGCUCAAUGGGCACUGGCACAACGCACGCUCCACGGUCUUAAAGUUCCAGAAUCACAUAUGAACAACAACAAUCACCAUGAACAAUCAUCUGAUAUGGCAGAACAAGCCAAGAGACGCGCCGAGGCUGCUAGGCUGAAAGAGCUUCAUACACUCAAGGGACAUGUUGAGUCUGUGGUGAAGUUGAAGGGUCUUGACAUUGAUACCAUUCAACAACAUUACACACUCUAAAUCAAUUUCAAGGGAUGCAAAUAUUCCUAGCCUAUUUAUCAAUCAAUUAUACAAAACAUAGUGGAGCAAAUGAAACGAUGUAUCUUAGAGCUCUCUAUACAUUCCCAUUUUUUCUCUCUCCAUGGAUGCGACAGUUUUAUGCAAUGCUAUAAAAUAUGAAAAUGUUGUAGCUGGUCACUUUUUAAUCUACCAGUGAAAAAAUAAAUAAGAAAAUUAUACUGAACAAUUUUGCAUUCUUUUUAGAA